AAUCAGCAGCAGCAUCAUCAUCAGAAGCAGAAGCAACAUCAUCAGCAACAUCAUCAUCAGAAGCAGAAGCAACAUCAUCAGCAACAUCAUCAGCAACAGCAUCAAGCGACGUGUAUAGUUGUGAACGAGACACUGGCCACGCGAGUUGUAGUCACUGCCGCCGCAGUGAUUGCUGUGAUUAGGAGGAGGAGGAGGAACGAGAGGGCUUUACACUGGGUGUCGGAUGGUGACACCUGUGGCUCCGCUCGAGUGCAGUUCUAUGAGACACACUGACACACACACACGCUGACACACACACACGCUGACACACACACGCUGACACACACACACGCACACUGACACGCACACUGACACGCACACCUGUAUAGGCACGCAGGCACGCACGGACGGGUAGACAGCACAAAGGCAAAGCUUCCCCCGUCUAGGCUGACGACGUCGGCUGUUGGGGCAAGUGCUGCUAGCGAGCACACGCGCGGCCAUGCGUGCUGCGGAAUGGCUCUCAGCUGCGCCUCAUCAUCCUCAUCAUCAUCAUCGUCGUCGUCAUCUGCGCACGACGCCCACGAUACCGAAGCUGCUGAUGAUGACGCUGCUGCUGAUGAUGUUGAUGAUCUCGGGCAGCGAGGCCAAUGCCGGUGCCGCCACUCCGCGUGGCCCGGCAGCCGCGAUCGAGGGGGGCUCCUCGACGCGGGGCGGGCAACUGGGGUCCCCCCACGGAGUGGCCGCAGCCACCACCACCAGCAUCACCACCGCAGCAGCAGCAACAACCACAACAACAACCACAACAACCACCGCGGCGAACCGAGCGCCGAGAGCCGGGGGAGCAUCCGACCCCCACCAGGCGACGGGCGCGCCGCACGAGCCCCCCACGCACGAAGACUCGAACGGAGCGGGGGGCUCUGAGACUCACCCCACCCAGGACGCAUCGUGCGGGGCGGGGGGCCACGGCAGCGGCGGGCACGAGAGGCCCACGGGCUACCAGGUGGUGUCGUUCCAGUGGGAGCACGUCAAGGACCCCUACAUCAUCGCCGUGUGGAUACUCGUGGCCAGCGUGGCCAAGAUCCUGUUCCACCUGAACCACCGGCUGUCCACGCUGAUCCCCGAGAGCGCCCUCCUCAUCGUGCUGGGCCUGGCCCUGGGCGGCGUGGUGUGGGGCGCCAGCCAGCACGCCGAGUUCACGCUCACGCCCACCGUCUUCUUCUUCUACCUGCUGCCCCCCAUUGUGCUGGACGCCGGAUACUUCAUGCCGGCGCGCCUCUUCUUCGACAACAUCGGCGCCAUCCUCAUGUACGCCGUGCUGGGCACCGUGUGGAACGCCGCCACCACGGGCCUCUCGCUCUACGGCAUCUUCCUCACCGGCGCCAUGGGCGACCUGCAAGCCGGCCUGCUCGACUUCCUCCUCUUCGGGAGUCUGAUCGCCGCCGUGGACCCCGUGGCGGUGAUCGCCGUGUUCGAGGAGGUGCACGUCAACGAGGUGCUCUUCAUCAUCGUGUUCGGGGAGUCGCUCCUCAACGAUGCCGUCACCGUGGUGCUGUACAAAGUCUUCGACUCGUUCGUGGCCCUGGGAGGGGAGAACAUCGAAGGCGUGGACUACAUCAAGGGCAUCGCGUCGUUCUUCGUGGUGAGUCUGGGCGGCACGGCCGUCGGGGUGAUCUUCGCCUUCGUCAUCGCGUUCGUCACGAGGUUCACCAAGCACGUGAAGAUGAUCGAGCCGGGCUUCGUCUUCCUGCUCUCCUACCUCUCCUACCUCACCGCCGAGAUGUUCACCCUGUCCGCCAUCCUCGCGAUCACGUUCUGCGGCAUCUGCUGCCGCACCUACGUGGACGCGAACAUCAGCAGCAAGUCCCAGACGGUGAUCAAGUACACCAUGAAGAUGCUGGCGAGUGCCGCCGAGACGAUCAUCUUCAUCUUCCUCGGCAUCUCGGCCGUGGACACCGAGAAGUGGACCUGGAACACCGCCUUUAUCCUGCCCACGCUCAUCUUCGUGUCCGUCUACAGGAUCAUCGGCGUGGUCAUCCAGACGUGGAUCCUCAACUGGUUCCGCGUGGUGCCGCUGAGCGCCAUCGACCAGGCGGUGAUGUCCUACGGCGGCCUGCGCGGCGCCGUCGCCUUCGCGCUCGUCGCGCUGCUCGACGAGCAGCUGGUGCCCGAGAAGCGCCUCUUCGUGAGCACCACCAUCAUCGUCGUCUUCUUCACCGUCAUCUUCCAGGGUCUCACCAUCAAGCCGCUAGUGAAUUGGCUCCGUGUGGAACGCAGCCACCACCGGGAGCCCAAACUCAGCGAGGAGAUGCUCGACCGGGCGUUCGACCACAUCCUGUCUGCCGUAGAGGACAUCUCCGGGGAGUACGGCCACCACUACGUGAGACACAAAUGGGAGUACUUCGACUUCAAGUACCUGAACCCCAUCCUGAUGCGCAAGUCGGCACGGCGCAACCGCUGUCUGCUGUGGGACGUCUACCACAGCCUCAACGUGCAGGACGCCAUCAACUUCGUGAGCCAGGGUGAGCGCAGCGGCUCGCUGGCGUUCAUCCACUCGACGGGCCCCGAGCGCGUCACCUCCAGCAUCGACUUCGUGGGGCUGCGACGAGCCUCCGAGGUGUCCGUCGCCAACAUGUACCGCAGGGAGAGUGCGGCCGGCUCUCUGGCGGUGACGCAGCUCGACCUGCACGCCAUGGAGCGCGGCGGCGCCAAGAGCGGCCGGCACCGCGAGGACGUCGUCACUCACCGCAUGCUGCGCGACAACCUCUACUCACCACGCAGACACGUGCAGUCCCUAUACAGCCGCCAGGCUGCGGGCACCAGCAGCGUGCAGGAGCAGCAGCAGAAGGAGAUCUUCAAGCGCACGAUGCUCAAGCGCCUCGAGUCGUUCAGCCAGAGCAAGCAGGGACGCCACGGGAACCGCUCGCACCGCGGGAGCAAGGUGAACGGGGAACUCAUUCCCAACGGGUUCUGCCCCCUGCCGCAGAAGUCUGUGAGCUGGGUGGAGAAAGGUGAGUUUGAGAGGGUUGGUGAGCUGACCGGCCGCUCCGAGUGCAGCGAGGCCUCCGAGCUCUCCUCCAUGGAGCCGGGCGCCAUCACCUUCAUGGCGCGCUCGCCCAGCCAGCUCGUGUCCGACCUGCGCCAGGCGCUGGGGGGCUACGAGAACCCGGCGUUCGCCGCCGACGACCCCGCCUCCGGCUGGGGGGACGCGGGGGCCUGGGAGGGGGGCGAGCUGCCGUGGAGGCGAGGGGACGAGCGGGCGACCCCGUCGGCGCGCGCCCAGAGGGCCAUCCCCCAGACCCCCGGGGGCUUCCCGCGGCUGACCCCGCUGCGCGCCAGCACUCGCUCCACCGACUCGUUCGCGCUCGCCGACAUCCCCGAGGAGGAGGGGGGCCGCGUGGGCUGGGGCCGCUCCCGCUCGAGCACGGUCGUCUCGCUCGUGCCGGGCUCCGUGGCGACCGCCGCCGCCGCGGGGACCCCCGGGGCUGCCGGGGAGGCGCGCGCAGCGGCUGACGAGCAGCGCGGCGGCGGUGCAGGAGAGUCGAGCUACAUGUGAGAGGUGGUGAUGGCGGCGGUGGUGGUGAUGAUGAUGUUGUGGACACACGUGGGUGGAGUGUGUGAGGGUAUGUGUGUGAGGAGCGGUGGCGCAGCGGUUGGCGUGCUGCACUACGAAACUGAUCCACGCUCACGACCACCAACACCGGUAGCGAUUAUCUGAACCGGCCCUUGGCCUCCCUUAGGUCGACUCAGCCUCAAAUGAGUACCUGGUGCGGCGUGUAAACGUCACCACGAGGGAGACAAAGGUGGCCGGGCGUGGUGCUGGCCACCCACCCCCUCGUGUGCCGUGCCAGCCUUCAUCGGUGCUACUCACUAACAGCACUUUCCCCAAAAGGCAAUACGGGGGGCGGGGGGGGGUAGGAUCUUUGUGUUUGUCCCAUGUGCGUGUGUCCCAUGUGCGCGCGUGUGCGUGUGUGCGCGGAGUUGUCUCUCACACCGCACACUACACCAAAGUUCAAUUCCAGACCGCGACCACACACACGCACGCACGCGCACCAUGCCCCACGCGUGUACCCCCAGUACCGGACGCUGGUGUCGGGGUGGGUUGGCCAAUUGCGGGGUAGCAUAGAUAAAGUACAGCACAAUAAUCUAGGGUUGCUGUACUGCACACCAUCGUCCCGCGGUAGCCUUUAGCACCUGCUAUGCACGGUCCGGACUGAUCGCAGCGGGCACGCUCUGAUCAGAAUGAUUGCUGCCGCUCAAUUGUAUGGCAUGAUAGUUCUUGCUGGGUUAGAGUAAAAACUAAAAUGUCUAUACGUGUUGAAAAAUCGACAUUUUAUGAAAAUAUUUAAUGUAUCCUCAACUAUUGACAGGAUAUUAAAUAACUGUUAAAUAAUUUCCAUAGAGUUCUAAUCGCAUUUACGCUUGUUUGCACGUGCCUUUUUUUACACUAACCAAUAAAUUACACGUUUUGAUAAUCGAGGACACAUAACAUCAACAAAGGGUAGUGAACACGUUCAAUCGUCAAACGUUUAAUUGUCACACGUAGAUAAGCAAAUCAACAUUGCUGUGGAAUUUUUGGAAUCUUCAACACGGAGCCGUCCCCUAGGGGUACGCGGCGAGUCGGGACGACCGCCCCGGGCCCCGCGCUUUAAGGGGGGGGGGGGGCGGGGGCGCGCUUGGACGUCACAGUCCCACACUCCCCACGAAGGAAGACCCCGAUGCUAUAUGUGCGGGGACUCCUCUACUUACGAACACUCGACUUGCGAGAUUUCAGAGAUACGAACAAACCUGCCCCCCCCCCCCCCGUAUGUUAUUUUGCCUGUUCGAGCCGAGCGCCGUAAGUUCAGCCGCCGCGCAAUAGUUGGCAGUGGUGGUGGCGACAUCGACAUCAGCAGAGCGUGAAGCAGCGGUGGCACCUACGUCUACGGGAGACUAUACAACUUUUAAAGCCAUUCCCGUGUUGAGUGUACACGCCGUACAGCACGUUUGGAAUCGAUAGGAGUAAAGUUGGCGUUACGAACAAAUCGACUUACGAACAGACCUCUGGAACCUCACUAGUUCGUAAGUAGAAAAGUCCCUGCAUAUCAAGAAAUGUCAAACGUAGCAACAGUAAAUAUCAUGCCAUAGGCGGGCGCCUUCAGAUGUGAUCGAUGCGCCCUGUCCAAAACACUGACUGCUGGUCGUAAUCUUGCACAUUACCAUUCUGACCCCCCUUCCCACACCACACUUCCCAAAAAUAUAUAUUGUAUAUACUGUAGUGAGAUAUAUAUGUAUACUGUAGGGGGAGGCGGGAUCUAUAUUUGUUUUGCACAUGCGUGGAAAAGUUCGGGUUUAUACGUUUUGGAGUGAUUGCCACAGGUGGUGUCUGUGUGUGUGAAGGCUAUACGGGGGAUCUUUGUCUUUGUACGUGUGGGGAGUGGUGGCGCAGUGGUCAAAGCACACGCGCUGCACUCUACUGCCAAGCCGGCGACCUGAGUGACGGCGAGCAUCUGAACCGGUCCUGGUUAUCUGCCUAGAUCGACUCGGCCUUAAACAAGUACCUGGUGCGGUGUAUAUUAAACAUCAACACUGGGGAGACAAAGGCGGUUGGGCGUGGUGCUGGCCACCCACCCCUCUCGUGUUGCCGUGCCGGCCUUCAUAUAUGCUCGAUCACACCACUGGGGGGCCCCUUACGUCUACACGAGUGAUCUUUGUGUGUGCGCGUGCAAGAUACACGUGUGUACGAAUGUGUCUUGAAAUAGGUACCAUUUGGCCGGAGACGUCACCUUAACGCUUGGCAUUGGACAUACGUGGUUUAGCAUGCAGUACAGCAAAUAGGUUUUGCUUUUCACACAGACGUGGCACGCUCCGGUGUUGAACUCGUUUGUCUCCAGGUGAGAGAGACUCUCUCGCGAGGCCAGGAUGGUGCGUGAGCGGUUGACCCGGGUCGCCAAACAUCAUACCAAAAGUAAAUACUAAAAUAUUGGCAGCAAAUAGAAGCUAAGAGAAAUCUGAGAUUUAAAAAAAAUCACAAACAUUAAUUUCUUACGCACUGCACUUACCCGAUGUUUGUUAAACAAAUCCCACGCGACGUGAUGCUCCGCCCCCCACGUCACGAGGGACACAUACGUAGGCACACGCGCGCACACAAUCACACGUGCACAUGCAGGCACACACGUGCACAUGCAGGCACACGCGCGCACACAAUCACACGUGCACAUGCAGGCACACACGUGCACAUGCAGGCACACACGUGCACAUGCAGGCACACACGUACACAAGCCACGUAUGCACAGGCACACAACAACAGCCGCCACCAUUCCCCACUACGUGGCAGUGACGCUUGUGCCAGGCUACGUGCACUUUGAGGCCACGUGAAGUGUAGAAGGCCCGCUGCUGGCAGGUCACGAGACAGACCCAGGUGGUGCCGUGGGUUGACUGACUGAGAUGACUGGCAGAUGCACCAGCUGUGCCCCCUACCGUGCCAACACACACAGACACAAGCGCGUACACGUUACAUUAAUCCGCACGUAUCACGCGGAACCUGUUUUGCAUCAGACGCGAGCAGUGUGUAGCCACCUAAUUUAUAUUUGUCAAAUAUUAAUAUCAAUAGAUAAUGAUGAUUGUGUGCUUAUGUAUGACGCAAUUAAACUCCAAACACAAUCAAUAAGAGCGCCGCGUGUGACUUCAAAACACCGAUAAUAGGCGACGUUUCGGGCAACGGCCCUUCUGCAAAGCACACAGAGGCCCAGGACAGUGUGGAACGUUGUAUAUGUUUUGUUUUCCUUUCAAGGCCACGCCUGGCGUUGUUGUUGUUGUUGAGGAGCGCGUCGAGUCGCCGUUAGACCACCACUGCCAUCACAGCAGCAUCGCCACCCAGAGGUUAGCGGCGAGCAAGGACCCCGAAACCUCGCACAGAGGGCCUUGGCCAAUGGACAUGUGGCUGGCAGUCCACCUGCAGCAUCGGUCCCAGCGAAAACGCGAUUCUGCGGCCAAUGAGACACUGCGUGUCGAAACCAGUCCAGAGUUUUGCCUGCGUUGAACCAUUGCUGGCUGCUGAAAUGAUCAACGCUCCCAGCGAGAGGGGAGGUGGUGCGUGCCUGUGGCUGAUGGGAUGCGUGGAGCGGUUCGCGCGCUGCGCUGCGAACCCCGUGCCAACCAAGUUCGACUCCCGCUCACGGCUACCAACAACGGUAUGAUUAUUAUCUGGAUUGGUCAACUCGGCCUCGACAGAGUACCUGGUGCGGUGUGUAAACAUCGCCACUGGAGAGACGAAGGCGGCCGGGCGUGGUUGCUGGCCACCCACCCCCGCGGCCUUCAUAGGUGCUUGUGAACAGCACCAACAGUCCGAGGCUACACGGGGGGUGGGGGGGGGGGAGAUCUUCGUCGUUGACGGGAUGAGUGGCUGAUUGGAUGUAAAAAAAAUAACCACUAACACAACUUUGUGGAGGUGCUGGUGAAGAUGUAUUGUCUGCGAUAUUUAUUGAGUAACGUAUAUUUGGCCGUGGAAGCUCUGUGCGGUGACCCCUUGCGGUGACCCCCUGUGGUGACCCCCGUGGUGGUGUCUGGCAAGGAGUAACUCUGCGUGUGAAGGCUUCGGCGUCGUGUGCCGCGACUCGGACGAGACCCUGACGAUGAACCUGCAGCAACAGGCCUCGGCACUCUGCUGAUCGCGAGUCUUCGGGCUCGUGUCGUCGUCGUCGUCGCUGUUCUUGUUGCUGUUGUUGUCACACUGUAAUAUACAGGCUGUUGUUGAUGUCACACUAAUAUACAGGCUGUUAUUGAUGUCACUAAUAUACAGGCUGUUGUUGUUGAUGUCGCACUGUAAUAUACAGGCUGCUGUUGUUGAUGUCACUAAUAUACAGGCUCGGUGGAAGUUUGCGAGUUCAAAUCCUUGUUAUGAAGGGGGUGGGGAGUGGGCGGUAGUUGACUUAGCCUAGCAUCAUCCCAGCGGGGUCGAUAAAAUAAAUACCACGUUGUGGUGAAGUCAACAGCGCGUUGGUCUAUGUAUGCACCUCCCCCCCCCCCGCCAUAGGAUGUGGAAUGUAAACCGCUGGCUCUGCAGCAGCAGGGCUGUGUUUUUGAAUGUAGGACGCGCACCGUGUGUAUUCACGAUAAUCGUAUCGUCCGUUCAGUAACGUAGCAUCAAAUAAUUAUACAAUAGCGACUUGAACCGUGUGUGUGUUGAUGAAUAGCUUGGGUUUUGCGAAACAAAUGUUUGAUUUUUCUUCACGAUCAUCGACCGGUGUGGAUGCAGUUUUCGACAUUCGAUGUUUCAUCAGCAGCAGGGUCGGGCGUGGCUAGACCCAAUGGUGUACGUGAAACUGCCUGCCAGAUGUUAAUUGGCAAGCCCCCCCCCCCCCCCUCGUGUUAGACGGCUGGUCCUGGAUCCAAGCAAAACUCGAUGACUGGCAGCACAGCAUCAUCAUGAGUGUGUCGGAGCGGAGAACAUUAAGUACAGAAUAAUUAAGCGUACAAUUAGGCUCCUGUCACAGUUUGUCUCUCCACAUUAAAAGUACUUUAAAGAACAUUUAAACAUCCCAUCGGCCAUACGGCCUUCCGGGGGGGGGGGGGGGUGAAGGUUCAACACCAAACUCAACCCUGCUGAUGAGACACUGAAUGUCGAAACCGGCUCAGGGUCAAUGCCGCGGGUGAAUUGCCCAGAUGUUGAAUGGCAAGGCGAGUCGCCUCGUGGGCAGCUGUGUGCAGGUGACCCCAGAGUCACUCGCCCUCACCCACACACCCUUCCCAAUUCCAACCAAACACACCCCACCCCACCCACACACUCCACCCACACACCCCU